AUGGAGAUCGUCCGCGAGAACUUCCAGCGGGAGCUGCCAUACAUCAAGGAGGCCAUCGAAGAGUGCGAGUUCAUCGCCAUCGACGCAGAAUUCUCAGGACUUCACACGGAACCCAACCGCAGAACUCAGAACACGACCCUGGAAGAAGGCUACGAGGACCUGCGCAAGAGUGCCAGCAAGUUUCUCACCAUUCAGAUUGGAAUCUCGACCUUCAAGUUUGAUCCGUCAAAUGGAAGCUACUUGGCGAAGCCGUUCAACGUCUUUGUUUUUCCAACCACUCUGACGGGAUACUCGCCUCAGGGAAGAUGCUUCUUGACCGAGGCUUCUAGUCUGGAUUUCCUGGCCAAGAACCGAUUCGACUUUAACAAGUGGGUCUAUCAAGGCGUUCACUACAUGACAAAGGAUGAGGAGGAGAUCUAUAAGCGGGAACGUACCAAGGCGGUGAAUAAUGAGAUGGACAACAUUGCCGUGGAUGCUCUCAACACCAUGUGGCUCCAGGAUGUCAUUAAGCGCAUUGGAGAGUGGAAGAACAGCAAGCAAGCCCUGAACUUUAUCAACAUUCAGACCAACAAUGCCUACCAACGUCGCCUUGUCUAUCAAGAGCUCAAUGCCCGAGGACAAGCUGGACAUAUCCAUAUCACCAAGAUCACGGAGAAGGAGCUGGAAAUACAACAGCAGCAGCGUCAAUCAGAUUUGCUGGUUCGUGGUGUCUCUGACAAGUGUGUGGAGAACAGACGCGACAUCGAGAGCUCUAGAGGAUUCCGCGAAGUGAUUGAUAUCUUAUCCGCCUGCAAGAAGCCCAUCGUAGGCCACAACAUUGUCGUGGAUCUCGCUUACAUUCUCGCGCAAUUUGUCGGCCCUCUUCCACCAACUGUCGAUGGAUAUAAGAAGAUGAUCCACAAGACAUUCCCAACAGUUAUGGAUACAAAGUACGUAUCCUACACCGCGAACGCACUCAAGGGUCUUGCAUUCGAUUCCAGCUUGGGAGGUCUGGAGAAUAUGGUCGGGACAAUCAACUUUAUGGGCUGCCCUAGAAUCACUCCUCACUAUAGACACCAGCGCUAUCUCUCCCGGGACUUGUCGCACGAGGCAGGCUACGACGCGUACAUUACUGGGUCUAUCAUGAUCCGCAUGCUGGCGUUGAUCGCCAAGAAUGAGGCUCCCGUACCAGCUCCAUUGACCAAACGCGAGAUCGAGGUCAGAAAAAAUGGCAAGAAUGAAAAGAGACCCAACUCUUCAAAGGAUUCCAAGGCAUCCAAGACGCCAAAGAAGAACGCUGAACCCAAGAAGGCGUCGUCACCCCCACCUGUACCUGUUGCGGUACCUGCUCCUGCUCCAGUUCCCGCGGCGCCCAAGAAGUUUUCAUACGCGGACAUUGUUCACCGUCAACGUGCCCCCGCUGCUGCCCCAGCCCCCGCUGUUGUUGCUCCUACCCCAGUGCCUCCAACGCCAGUUGUGGAAGAGGAGGAGGAGGAAGAAGAGAUGGAGGAAAGCGAAAGCAGCGAGUCAGACUAUGACUACAUUCAGGAAUCGGACUUUCCGGUGCAUGAGAGACCUUUCUCUUGGCAGAGCCAAUCAGUUACCACACUGCAGAAUGUUUUGCACUGGGGUCGGUCCUCCCAUGGAUGCAUCAACCUCGUUAGCUCGUAA